GCCUAGUACGCGGACCCGUUCCUCGAGAAGAGUUGCGGCUUCCACUGUGCCUUGCGUUCGGUGCUCUGCUUCACGCGAUGGAGCCAAAGCAGGUGGCCAGUUGCAUUGAGAGCCUGAAAGGCUACUGCUACAAGGCGCACAGAGGAGUGUUCCAAGCAGCGUAUGCUCGCCUGGCAUCCUCGCUUGAGGAGCAAGCAACAGGCCUUGGUUCUGAGAGGCCAUGGGCCACGCUGACGUCUUCCGAGGCAGCUGCAGCUAUCAAAUCUUUCCCAGAGCUCAAGUUUGAGGAUCCCCAGCUCUUGCUCCGCAUGCUUCGAGCAUUGAGCCCGUUGCAGAGCCACCCCAGGCAACUUGCAUUGUCCGACUCAGAUGAAGGAAGCAGCCAGCAAUGGGCAAAGCUGGCAACUGCCGCGCAAGAUGGUGUGGAAGCCCCAAGCAUGCUCGCCAGGAUGAAUAUGAUGGAGCUGGUGGACAUCCUCGAGGCCUUUGGUCAGCAAGGCCUCAUCGGCUGCGGGGCUGUGUCCAAGGCAAUUGUGACUCGAUACCAAGACAAUGGAGGGAGACUUUCGCGACGCAACACGGCAAGAGCUCUUCAGGCAUUGGCGCAGCUUGGGGAGCAGGAGACAGAACUGCAAGAAGUCCUCAUCGGCGAGCUGGAGGGUUGGGAGGUGCGAGACCCUCACGGUGCAGAUCUUCGGCCGCGGCCGGCUUUGGUGGCUUUGUGGUCCCUAUGUGCUCUCAACCUCGUGCCCAGGGCCGCCUCCUCGGUUGACUGGCUGCUGACCUUUCUGUGCCGCGAGAGGGUUGCGACGUAUGUCCUGGGGAUCCGUAGCCAGGCCUUGCUGCUGUUUGAGUCUCUCGAUGCUGUCCGAUCAGUGGUGCCUGCUCUCGCAGUGAGGCAUAUGCAGGCUCUUCAAGGCAGCCACUCUCCUGUGGCAGAGCAGGUGCUUCUGGACGUCGGGCAACCUCUACGAAGCCCAAAGGAGCUGUUCAUGCUGUCAGACAGUCCAGAUGAGCGGAAGAUGCUGAUUAGUGAGGCUGCAGACGAGGAGCUGCUUUCUGGACAUGUGUCCGCGAUUGACCAGACAGCUUCCGACAUACAUGAUGGUGGUGGUCAUGACGGUGGUGGUCACGCAGGCCGCUCGCUGCUGGAUGAGCUUGCCAUACGCUGGGAGUUGGCUCGGAGGAAGAAGGAAACGGAGGGUGUCUCCAAUGCCAAGCAGCUGGUUGGCUCUGUCUUAGCAGCCUUGAAUUUGGCGCCGUUGCUGCUGACAGCGCCGCACCCACACGGCGCCCUUGCAGCUGAGACAGUGCGUGGCAGUGGCGGCUUCGAAUUCCGAUGGCCUGCAGGAUGCUACGACCUGGAUUGGGGUCUUCCGUUCUUUCGUCUGGGCAUCCUGGUACUCUCGCAGCGGGACUUUGUUCUCGAGGCUUCUUCUGGCUCUGUGUGGCCCACUUCACAACUCCGGGCAGCACCUCGGCUGCGCGUGCAGCAGCUGCGGGAAGAUGGGUGGUGGCUGGUUCUGCUUCGCUCGACAGCGGUGCAUGCUUGGAUCUUGCCUUACAGGGAGGAUCCGGAUCUUUUCAACAGCAAGCUUCAGGCAAGGGUGGUACGUGCCAAUGCCUUGUACCCGCUGGAGACCAGGCCUUUGAAGAAGAAGCUGCGCAGGUCGCUGCGUCAGGAGGUGCAUGAUCCCGAGCUCAAGGAGCAGGAUCAGGCGCAACGGCGGUGUUUUGGCGAGUCAGCAGUAGUGGCAGAUGCAUACUAG